AUGGCGACGCUUAAGGGCUCCGAGAGCCACUCUACGGGGGCAAAACAAAGACAUUGCAAAAGUAAUAUCGUAAUCAAGUUGACGGAGAGUCAAAUCACAGGGCAGACUUUUAGUCGUGGGACACAGCUCCCAGGGGGUCUCCUUCAGGAGAGGGACACGCGGGCCAAAUGGCAAGGCAUUCCUUCAUUGCUACAGAAGCUCUACGAGAGCAGUCAUCCCAACAGUGACCUUGCCAAUGCCCAUGGCCUAGUUAAGGUGUUAUCAUCACAACUGUCCAUGGAGGCCAUGUCUUUUGUCACAGAGGACAGAAAGACUGCUCAGGAAUCCACCUUCCCCAACACGCACACCUUUGACCUCUUCGGUGGAGUACAUCUGCUAGUAGAGAUCUUGAUGAGACCCACGCUAACUAUGCAGAAGAAAAAGCCCAAAAUGAAUGAUGAUUUGGUGAAAGACUGCCUUAGUGUUCUCUACAAUUGUUGCAUCUGUACGGAAGGUGUGACAAAAAGUCUGGCUGCUCGGGAUGACUUUGUUCUUUUCCUUUUUACUCUGAUGACAAAUAAGAAGACCUUCCUUCAGACUGCAACUCUCAUUGAAGACAUACUUGGAGUUAAGAAGGAGAUGAUCCAUUUAGAGAGUAUCCCAAAUUUGUCAGGACUUGUACAGAGUUUUGACCAGCAACAGCUGGCCAACUUCUGCCGCAUCCUGUCAGUCACCAUUUCGGAGCCCGACUUGGGCAACGACGACAAGCACACCCUGUUGGCAAAAAAUGCCCAGCAGAAACGCAACUCGAGUCCCUCGCGGGCAGAGGUCAAUCAGGUCACCUUGCUGAACAUCCCCGGAUUUAUCGAGCGUCUUUGUAAGUUGGCCACUAGGAAAGUGUCAGAGGCCACCGGGGCCAACUUCCUGCAGGAGCUGGAGGAGUGGUACACUUGGCUGGACAAUGCUCUGGUGCUGGACGCCCUCAUGCAGAUGGCGACGGAGGAGGCAGAACAAAGCAGCACAGAAUCAUCCGAUGAAAGCUCACUGGCUACCAGCCCACUGAGACAUCGUCUGCCCCCUUCUAUGAAAAUUGUCCAUGAGAUUAUGUACAAAGUUGAAGUGCUCUACGUGCUGUGUGUGCUUCUCAUGGGCCGACAGAGGAAUCAGGUUCACAGAAUGCUAGCUGAAUUCCGUCUUAUCCCAGGUCUUAAUAACCUGUUUGACAAGCUCAUCUGGAGGAAAUACACAGUAUCAAACCAUGUGGUGCACGGGCAGAAUGAGAACUGUGACUGUAGCCCGGAAAUCUCUUUCAAAAUCCAGUUUUUGCGUCUUCUCCAGAGUUUCAGUGACCAUCACGAGAACAAGUACCUCCUGUUGAAUAGCCAGGAGCUGAACGAACUGAGUGCCAUAUCCAUGAAGGCCAAUAUUCCUGAGGUUGAGGCUCUGGUCAACACAGACAGAAGUCUUGUUUGUGACGGCAAAAAGGGCCUACUUACACGCCUCCUCACCGUCAUGAAGAGGGAGCCUCCAGACUCAUCUUUCAGGUUCUGGCAAGCAAGAGCGGUGGAAAGUUUUCUGAGAGGUGCCACCUCCUACGCAGACCAAAUGUUUCUCCUGAAGAGAGGUCUAUUGGAGCACAUCCUGUUUUGCAUCAUCGACAGCGGCUGCACGUCCAGAGACGUCUUGCAGAGUUACUUCGAUCUGCUCGGAGAGCUCAUGAAAUUUAACAUUGAUGCCUUUAAAAGGUUUAACAAAUAUGUCAACACACCAGAGAAGUUCCAGGCUUUCCUGACACAGAUCAACAGUUCUUUAGUGGACUCCAACAUGUUGGUGCGCUGCAUCGUGCUGUCCUUGGACAGAUUUCAGAGCCAAACAGAAGAUGUUAAAGUAGUGGAGGUGCUCUCUGAGUGCUGUCUGCUGUCCUACAUGGCCCGAAUGGAAAACAGGCUGGCCUUCCUUUUCCGACUAGUCAACAUAAUCAACGUACAGACACUCACACAGGAGAAUGUGAGCUGUUUGAACACCAGUUUGGUUAUCCUCAUGUUGGCCCGCAGAAAGGCCAAACUGCCCUUUUACCUUAACGCCUUGCGUGAGAAAGAGUACGCUGAAAAGUACCCCGGCUGUCUGCUCAACAACUUUCGCAACCUCCUGCGCUUCUGGCAGUGUCACUACCUCAACAAGGACAAAGACAGCACCUGUUUGGAGAAUAGCUCAUGUAUCCCCUUCAGCUUCUGGAAGGAGACAGUGUCGGUCUUACUGGGCUCAGACAGGACUUCUCUGUGUGCCAUAGCCAGCUACAUCGACGAGCCCUUUAUGGAUCUGGACAGAGAUCUGUUGGACGAUUGA